AUGUCUGAACCACCUGUCUUUACAGGGAAGAUAGUCCCUGCAAAAUUAGCGUUCCUUACAAUAUACAAUCCUUCCAUCAGCCUCAAGGAUGAAACGCUCAAAGAUCAAAUAAUUUUCUAUUACUCCUCCGCCAGCAAGGCUCGGCGGAGAGCUGCGGCCACCCAAGGACCGGGAAAUGUCGACAAUGAGGAAGAAAAUGAGAGAAUGCGCCAAGUUGGACUAGCCCAAGGCAUGGUUGAGUUUGCAAGGGGCUUCUCUGGAGGAGAGCCAGUCGAUUCCAUCGAGACAGAAAAGUCACGUAUAGUACUAUACGAGCUGGAACGUGACUGGUGGAUACUUGCUUCAAUCGAUUUAACCAGACUUCCCGCCAUCGGCCACGGAAAAUCUGCAACAAGUGGGACUUCGACGCCCCCCGCUCCCGAAGUAGAAUUCUCUUCAAGAGAGGUGUCUCCGCCAGCCCUUCUGAUUCAGCAACUCAUCAGAGCCCAUGGCAUCUUCCUACUACAUCAUGGUCCGUCAUUAAAUGAAAUCUACAUGCGCUUAAGCAAAUCCAGGUUCUGCAGUAUCUUGGAUCGUUUCUGGUCAUUUUUCGCCAAGGAAUGGGACGUGCUUCUGAAUGGAAACCCGGCAGCGGAUAUCUUCGGUGGCUUGAAGCUUGCUGCCGGGGGCGAGCUGGGGAUCGGUGUUGGUGAAGAAGACUGGGGAAGUGGCGAGCGGGAGGUUCUGGAAGGCUUGGUUGAUGGCACAGAAGGCUUGAUUGAUCUUGUUGUAUCAAGAUUUGGCGAACCACCUGCUAAUACCGCCGAGUCAUCCAUCAAUCAGCCUUCAUCAGCAGAGAAUGAUGACCCAGAAUCCGGGCAACAAUGGCCCUACGCCGGCGUGUCACCUAACCAGGCUGACGGGAUCAUCUUCUCUGGUCUGGGCGCAAUCUCGCGCUCCUCGUUGAAAUCGGUUACCGAUUGGAUGGAGUUGCUCUACACGUAUGGCGAGGAUGCCUAUGGAGUCAAAGAUAAUCCAACUUCGACACGCCGACGGCGACGAGAUAGAGCUAGCGCCAGUCGUACUCCGUCGGCCGCGAUGAGGGCUGAUCAGAGGGUACCUUUGAGAUUGAACAGGACUAUAGCUUCUCCAGGAACAGAUUUACCGGUCGGAAUUCCUCCACCAAUUGUGACGGCAGCCAACGAAUCCCUCGACAGAGUUUCCGCCUCGAUUGACUCUGCGGACGCCGAAGGCUCUCGAACUCCUUCCGAAGCUGGGUCGACAAUCUCAGACACGUUGAUGAAAUACUUUACCUUAGGCUACGGCUCAAGCUGGGGUGGGUCGUUCAGAAAAAGGAUGCAAUCACCCAACUCUUCGGUCAGUCGCGACCCAAGUCCGCAUGUAAAGGACCAAGAUGAGAAUCGAGAGGCAACUCGAUCUACUGAAGCACAAGAACAAAGUGCUGCAUCUCUUGAUACGAGAAUUACUUCUCAGGCGCGACGGGAUCGUCACACUGGCCAUUUUAUGAUUGGCCUGAAAGGGAGCCUUGACGAGGAUAGUCAAGAAGAAGAAAAUAAUGAUGAUGAUGAAGAAAGCCGAAUAUUGCUGCGGUCAUUGCAUGUCGCUUUGCUUGACAAGACGGAGAACAAACCAGGCUCUUCAACUAAGGUUGGCAGCGACUCUGGGGGUCAUUCUUCGACCGAAGGACCACAUUCUAUCGCUGAGAAGGAGGGGGCUUCCCAGCGACAGCGAAUUUUGGAGACGAAGCGUGCUAGGGUCGUAGUCUACGUUCGCCAACCGUUCAUCUUCACUUUUAUUUUCGAUGCCCAAGCAGGGUCGUUAGCAAUGGCGUCGUUUUAUCGUCUGCUACAUCGCUCGCUUGGACCACUUUAUCGAUCCCUAUUAUCUUCGACUUCACCUGACAAGGUACUGGAGCGCGUGGACAAAGCACUAAUACCAAAAAGCACAACCUCAACGACAAACAAGGAACCCAUCUAUGACCUCGUCUACGAUCCGCCCAACAUGACCGUGCAUACUUCCAUACCAAAUAUACCCGAACUUGCCAGUGUUUUUGAGCCAACUCUAACCGGAGGAAGUCUACCUUGGACGAGAAUCGAAGCACUGAAUGUUCAUACUCAGAUUCUCAAUACAUUUAGCUCGACUCGGCGGAAUACAUCUGAAGUUGAGCGAACGUGCAAGACCAGCCGUGGCUGGUGGGUUGUUUGGAUGCGACUGCCGCACCCCAGAACUGUGCCGUUUGAUAUGAAGAACAAUUCCCCCAUGAGCGAUUACCGAGAAGCCUACCUAGUCCGGAAAGCUAGCGACUAUGUUGCACCUGCGAGCAGAUCAAGCGGCCGAUUUGCACGCGAUAGCGGCAUAGCGGCGGGCAGAGGAGGUUGGGGCCCAGGUAAACUUGCCGAGGGCAUAGGCAUUGAUACGCGGAAAUAUAUUGAGGCCCUAUUGAGCUUGAACAGAUGA